GGGGGCCGCCUAGUCACUCAGCCAGCUGCCCUCCUCUCCUGCCCCGGCCUCCAGUUCUCCAGGCUUCACAGGCGAGCUCGCCAACAGCCACAGCUCAUGAUGGAGGCCAUCAAGAAAAAGAUGCAGAUGUUGAAGCUGGACAAGGAGAAUGCUCUGGACCGGGCAGAGCAAGCUGAAGCGGAGCAAAAGCAGGCAGAAGAGAGAAGCAAGCAGCUGGAGGACGAGCUGGCGGCCAUGCAGAAGAAGCUGAAAGGGACAGAGGAUGAGCUGGACAAGUACUCUGAAGCUCUGAAGGACGCCCAGGAGAAGCUGGAGCUGGCAGAGAAGAAGGCUGCUGACGCUGAGGCUGAGGUGGCCUCCUUGAACCGCAGGAUCCAGCUGGUGGAAGAGGAGCUGGACCGGGCCCAGGAGCGCCUGGCCACUGCCCUGCAAAAACUGGAGGAAGCCGAGAAAGCCGCUGACGAGAGCGAGAGAGGCAUGAAGGUGAUUGAGAACCGAGCCCUAAAAGAUGAAGAAAAGAUGGAGCUCCAGGAAAUCCAGCUCAAGGAAGCUAAGCACAUUGCGGAAGAGGCGGACCGCAAGUAUGAAGAGGUGGCUCGGAAGUUGGUGAUUAUCGAGGGGGACUUGGAACGCACAGAGGAACGAGCUGAGCUGGCAGAGUCUAAGUGUUCUGAGCUGGAGGAGGAGCUGAAGAAUGUCACCAACAACCUCAAGUCUCUUGAGGCUCAGGCGGAGAAGUACUCUCAAAAGGAAGACAAAUACGAAGAAGAGAUAAAGAUUCUUACGGAUAAACUCAAGGAGGCGGAGACCCGUGCUGAGUUUGCCGAGAGGUCAGUGGCCAAGCUGGAGAAGACGAUUGAUGACUUGGAAGAUAAGCUGAAAUGCACCAAAGAGGAGCACCUCUGUACACAAAGGAUGCUGGACCAGACUCUGCUUGACCUGAAUGAGAUGUAGAGCACCCCAGUCCCGCCCUGCCGCUGCUCCUCCCCCUGACCCUGACUCCGCCUGAGGCCAGCCUGCCCGAAGCUGGCCUGGAAACUGAGGGCUGAUCUUUAACUGGAAGUCCGCUUUCUCCUUUUUGCCGCCUCUCCCACCCCAACCCCUGUAUCUUUUUCGCCAAACUGUCUCUGCCUCACCCCUGAGAUUCCAGUCGGGCUUGAGGCCGAGCACCUUUGGGAACAACGUUUAAGGGAAUGUGAGCACAAUGCAAAGUGUCUUUACAAGCAUGUUGUGAUGUACACAUUUUGUAAUUACCUUUUUUUGUUGUUGCUGUAGCGACCCAUUUGUAAAACAUUCCUAAUAAUUCCACAGUUCUGAAGCAGCAGUCUUAGUCCUUCCUCACUUGGAAGGUUUGGAAAGUUAACUUUUCAGCCUAACGCACACUGCUCUCUCUGCAGAGGAGGGAGAGCGGCAAGGCCUGCCUGCCUACUGAGGGCCAGAGCCCCGAAAGGUACCCACUUCUGGGAAGCUUCGUUGCUCUGUCCAAAGUACCGGCCAAAUUAGAAAGGUGAUUCCAGGAGGAGUUAGCCAAAAAGGUGUGGCUCAGGGUUUCAGCUUUAAGGUAUCUUUGAGCAACUUUAAUUUCUUUUCAUCAGAAGUGACCAAACAAAUUAAGGUGUGAGACCUCUGUCUGAGACCAAAUCCUUGUCCUAGCCUCACCCCUCUCUCUCCUAACCGCUCACAGACAUGGAUCAUGUCCCCUUUAUGUUGAGGUGACCACUUAUUUGCUCUCCUGCCUCCUUGAAAGAAGAAAAUUACGUGUUUGCCACUGAUUUAGCCACAUGAAACAAACUUAUCUCGUCACCCUUCUCUGGGACUGAAGCUGCUGUCUCUAAAAGUGCCACGUCAUUGUGCUUUGUGUUAGUGCUGGAGAAAUCUUGAAUAGCUUACGUACAAAACCGUUUUUAAAUUUUAUAUUAUUUUGAAACUUUGCUUCUUUAGGGUUGGGGCACCUUGGCCACUCUGUCAGGCUGAGAACUGUACAGUCUGUGGGCUGACGGUGUGCUGAUCUUUUAAAAGUUUCUUUCCCUGCCCGAUCCCCCCUUUUGGUGAGGUUUCUGUGAGGUCUGUUAGGUGUGCAUCCGGCAGCUUCUUGGCUUACAAUGCACUCUCCUUUGGUGUGCUCUCUCCGGGGCCGAUUGAGAGAAAGAAACCAAUAGUGCAACUGUUUUGAUACUGAAAAUUGACAACUGUCUUUUUGAAAUAAAGAACCAGUCCCUCCAA